UCCACACAAACAACUCUGCUUUCAAUCACUGUGUUUUCAGUCAGGACGGUAGAGCCAGGGGAAAGGAGGAGGAAGAAGAAGAAGAAGGUGAACCAUCAUGGCAGCCUCGCUACAAGCAGCCGCCACUCUAAUGCAGCCCACUAAGAUGGGCUCCAACGCCGCCCGCGGUGGGUUGCAACUCAGGUCUUCUCAGAGCGUUUCCAAGGCCUUUGGUGUUGACAGCACUGCUGGAGCUAGACUCUCGUGCUCUCUCCAAACUGACUUCAAGGACUUGGCCCAGAAAUGCGUCGACGCCACCAAGAUCGCUGGCUUCGCUCUCGCCACUUCUGCUCUUGUUGUCUCGGGAGCUAGCGCGGAGGGAGUACCAAAGCGUCUAACAUUCGACGAAAUCCAAAGUAAGACAUACAUGGAAGUGAAAGGAACAGGAACCGCAAACCAAUGCCCCACCAUCGACGGUGGUGUCGACUCAUUCGUGUUCAAGCCAGGGAAGUACAACGCCAAGAAGUUCUGCUUGGAGCCAACUUCGUUCACAGUCAAGGCAGAGGGAGUGAGCAAGAACGCCCCAGCAGAGUUCCAAAACACCAAGCUCAUGACCCGUCUCACCUACACCUUGGACGAGAUCGAGGGACCCUUUGAGGUCUCGAGCGACGGCACAGUGAAGUUCGUGGAGAAAGACGGCAUAGACUACGCUGCAGUCACAGUCCAGCUCCCUGGUGGCGAACGCGUGCCUUUCCUAUUCACCAUCAAGCAGCUUGUGGCCUCGGGCAAGCCCGAAAGCUUCAGCGGUGAGUUUUUGGUCCCGUCGUACCGUGGCUCGUCGUUUUUGGACCCAAAGGGCAGAGGUGGCUCCACUGGAUACGACAAUGCCGUGGCCUUACCAGCUGGUGGUAGAGGAGACGAGGAGGAACUUGUUAAGGAGAACAUAAAGAACACUGCUUCUUCUACAGGGAAGAUUACUCUGAGUGUUACCAAGACUAAGCCCGAGACUGGUGAGGUGAUUGGAGUGUUUGAGAGUGUUCAGCCAUCUGAUACUGAUUUGGGAGCUAAGGUUCCUAAGGAUGUGAAGAUUCAGGGUGUGUGGUAUGCUCAGCUUGACUCGUAGAUGAGUUAUUAUUUUUGUGUUCAUUGUUAUGAAUGUGAAAAUAAUUCUCUCUUUCUCUCUCCCUAUGUGAUCAUUGAUGUAAGUUCUUGAGAUUUUUGCUAUAAGUUUUUAUUCAAGGUGUUUUUGUGCUUAACUUGUCUUAAUUUACCUGUAAAACCCCCCCAACUACUCAAAGAAAGAGGCAACUCAGGAACCUUUGUGUUGUUGUUGUA